UCCGUCCACAGCCCCGGCGGUGGCCAGCGAGUCCACAUUUCUGCUCCUCCCCCGAGACUGCGGCAGGACACAGCACCAGCAGCGGCGGGCCACUGCUGGGGACUUUCAGAAGCAUGGAGUUGAGAAGAGGAAAGACCUUCAUCAAAUCCAGCUUGCAGAUUUCCCAUGAAAAGCCUCUGGAGCCCACAGCCCCUGCUCCGACGAGGGAGGAGGCAGGUCCACAGUCAGCCUCGUCAGGAGGGCAGCCGUGGCCCCCUGGUGACAGGUGCUCCCAGGUCAGCCCUAGCAUGCAAGGACACGAAAGAUAUGCCAACAAAGGCGUGCAGCCAGACCCGGAUGCGGGAACUGCUUUCAGACUAGUGCGCAAGAGCAAAACACAUGACAACGUGUCGGGGGCUGCAGGGCAGCUGGUGGGCAGUGCCAGCUUCUCAGAGCCUUCGGGCACCCACCGCAUGAUUGACUACCGCCACUUUGUGCCCCAGAUGCCCUUUGUGCCAGCCGUUGCCAAGAGCAUCCCGAGGAAGAGAAUCUCCCUGAAAGGACCCAAGAAGUGCUUUCGGAACUUGUUCCACAUCCGUAGGAACAAGACUGAGAACUUGGCUUCCCUGGAGACAAAGGGGAAGAGCUUGUUCUCCAAGGGCUCGUUGGAAAGUGGCGUGCAGCAGGGCAAGGCCCUGUUCUCCCUGGGCGAGGGGCUGGGGCUGGAGGGUCAGUCUCAGGACCUGUUUGACUUGGAGCUCCUGCCUGAGGCCUCCUUUGACCUCUGCAGGGCCUUGUGUGAAGAUGUGGCCUCGCUCAAGAGCUUCGACUCCCUCACGGGCUGUGGGGAAAUCUUCGCCGAUGAGAGCUCAGCGCCGUGCCUCGAGCUGAACGAGGGUCCCGGGAGUCUGGCUCCAGCAUCGCAGGUCUCAGAGGGCAAAGCGCCCCGAAGCCCCUUCCAGGGCGGCGUGGAGCAGCUGGCGUCGCCGGCUCAGAAUGAGGCGUCUGACUUUGCCAAGUUCUGGGACAGUGUCAAUCACUCAGUGAGGAAACAGCAGCGGGCCUUGGCGGGACCGUGGCUGGGAGAAUCCCCGGAGGCAGACACAGAUCACUCCAGGCUGGACACAGCUGGGCUUGCCGAACUCCCCCUGUACCCCUGCAGGGACCCCCACAGCAACUCCAAAGCCAGUUCCAUAGACACAGGCACCCCCAAGAGUGAGCAGCCAGAGUCUCUGUCCACAAGUGACGAGGGCUACUACGACUCCUUCUCCCCGGGCCUCGAGGAGGAGAAGAAGGAGACCCUGAGCCCGGCGACGCCAUCGGCGUCUUUCCCCCGGGACAGCUACAGUGGCGAUGCCCUCUACGAGCUUUUCUGUGACCCCAGCCAGGGGCCUGAUGACCCCAGCCUAGACAAUGACCUGUGUGUGUCUGAGAGCCUCUCAGGGCCCGCCCAUGGGACACCACUGUCCAUGUGCAGCUUCCACAUGGGGGCAGAGGAGAACCUAGCCCCAGCACCGGGCCCAGACCUGCUCAGCCAAGGCUUCCUGCAGAGUUCCUGGAAAGGCAAGGAGUGUCUGCUGAAGCUCUGUGACACGGAGCUCGCCAUCACCAUGGGCAUCAUCAACUGGCUGCGUCGUGGCCCUGAGCUUCAUGCCCCAGCUACCCCCACAUCCGGGGAGCCUGCAGGUGCAUUUGAAGGAGCAGCAGCAAAGCUGGGCACUGGCUCUGAGCAGACCACUCAGGGGCCUGGGAAGCUGGAGGGCCAGGGGGCCUGGGCCACUGGUGCAGGCAGGAGUCCUACAGGCUCAGCUGCCGGCACACAGCGAUUGUGGGCACAGUCGGGUCCCCAAAACCUGCUUGUGAGGGAGAGUGAGGGCCCGGGGAAAGUCAAGAAGGGAACCAGAUCUCUCUCCAGGGACCUCUCUCCUGAGCAUAUGCAGGUGUCUGAAGGAGCAGGGACAUUGGGGGGCCCUAAAGGCUCUUUCUCAUCUGUGGACUCUGCCGCUCCAGAGAAAACAGACACUUUGAGCAAAAACAGGGCUCCCAAGCCUUCGGCGUGGCCCAGCUCCCUAGGGUGUCUUCAAGGUCUCUGGGGACCAGGGCUUAGGGGAAGUGACCUGGACACAGAGCCUAGCUUGACAGGCUGUGUAGCCCAGGUGGCUGCCCUCCAGAUUCAUGAGGCCUGCCAGACCCAUGGCGCACAGCCCCCGAGACAGGACACAGGCGUGACCCGCUUUGGGCAGACUCAGGCCAGGAGCCCUGACACUCUGCAACAGAAACAGCCGAACGGCUUCCCUGGUGUGGCUGCCCUCCGUGGCCUGCCCUCCCUUUUCAGCCCGCUCCACGGCCCACAGAACCAAAGCUGCCCAGGCUACAUCCUGAACUUGAGCCAGCUCAGAGUAGAACCCACUAGACUAGAUGCUCAGUUCCAUGCCUCCGUGGAGGACCCACCCCUGUGGCUCAGCCUGAGAGCCAUUGAGCAGGCAGCCCACAGGGGACAUCUGGACUCUUAG